AUGGAACUAGGACCUGUUUUUCAAAUCAAUCUCGUUUACGGUAACUCCGGAUUUUUCGGAGGGUUAUCUGAUGAGUUUUUCGAUUGUGGAAAUAACCAGGGAAAACCUGGUGAAUAUGGCAGUAUUUCGUAUUUCAGUUUUUUUAAAUGCACUACACUCUGCUCAUUGUGGGUCAAGGCAUGUUCUUCGCCAGAGCUGACUGAAGUUUUCCAGCAACAAAGUGUGCAAGGCAUUUCAAAACGAAAAAUAUGUUCCAAGCAUUUUUCCGAUGCGGAUUUUCGAGAUGUGAACAAUAAACAGAGAGGCCUUAAAUUUAAUGCUGUUCCACAUACGGUCGAUUUUGAAAUUGGGGACGAUGCUAGGAAUGAUGGUUUAAACUGGUCCGGAAACAUCGAAGAGUGCUUUGAGGUAUUGUCUACAAGAAUUGAUACUUUGGAAAACCCACAGAUCGAAUUCAUAGAGGGAGACGAAGAUUUCGAAACCUGGUAUAAAACUUUUGGUUACGAAGCAAAAUCUAACGAUGUCUUGAUUACCAACAAUUUUGUGGGAGGAAAUGAAGAGAGAUUACGACAGGCCCUAAUAGUUCAAGAGAAUAUAGUACUUGGAUUGCACGAACAGAUCCGAUCCCUCCGACGUCAUCUUUUCGCAGUUCAACAAACAAACAAUCGUCGCCUGAAAGCCUUGAUACGGAAUAAACGUUUAGUUUCGGAGCUCCGGAAAGAGUUGAAGCUCUUGAAAAAAGCAAAGUCCGUAAACGAAAAGUUAGGACAUCGAGCGCGGUUAAAUCCCGUUAUACACAAUUCUUUGAGAAAUUUUUCUAGAAAUCCCAAAUCUAGAAGAUACCAUCCUGAAACGAUAAAAUUCGCGUCUGGAACUUAUUUGAGUGGUCCUCGUACCUAUCGGUUUGUGCGAAAGUCAAAGCACCUUAUCCUGCCUCACAAAAAUACUGUGUACGGGUUCAACAAGCACAUCCGAAUUCAACCGGGCCUGAACAAAGUCAUUUUAUCGAAAAUAAAGAAACACGUAAGGGACUUCAAGAAACAGGAGCACAAAAUUGUGACAAUUUGUUUGGACGGGAUAUCUAUUAAACCGGACAUCACAUAUUGUGCUAAAACUGACACAUUCUUUGGGUUUCCACACGAUGGUGAAAAUAAAAGGAUUGAGAAAAACGAUCCAUCCAAAUUAGCGACAGAGGCAAUUGUGAUUAUGACAUCUGGAAUAUAUCGUCGCUUCAAGCAGCCUAUAGGAUACUUAAUGGCACAUAACAGUCUCGGAAGUGAAACACAACUUAAAUUCAUUCGGCGGAGUAUUGACGCAAUCAGAGAUUGUGGACUGAAACCACUCGCACACGUAAUGGAUCAGUGCACUACUAAUCAAAAAAUGAUACGCGAUAGCGGUGGCUCCGUUGAGCGUCCAAUCCUUGAUUUAGAUGGCGAACAAAUAGCAGUCAUAUUCAAUACACCUCAUCUUAUCAAAAGUGCACGUAAUGCACUAUUCAAGCAUAACGCUGUAUUCGACGGGAAAAUAGCAUCGUUCAAACAUAUUAAACAGCUUUUUGAUGUCGAUGUAUCUUCUACACUGAGACUCGUACCAAGGCUUAAUCUGAAAAAUAUAGUACUACCGCCAUUCUCAAAAAUGAAUGUACCGUUAGCUGUAAGAACAUUGAGUGAAUCUUGUUCCAUAGCUAUAAAUCAUUACGUUGCAUCAGGUGAACUCCCAGAAGAGGCCCUCCAGACCUCAACGUACAUUAAUAUCCACGACAAAUUGUUUGACACUUUCAAUUCAAAAGAACGUUCCAAGGACUCAGCUAGGAAGCUGUACAGAACACCAAUUACAGAGACUUCAAUCCACAUGCGUUUUCUCGAAAAAACGAUGAAAACUUUAAGGAUAUGUAUUAUACUACAAACGAUUGUUUUAACAUUGCGAAGGCUUUAAAAGAAUCUUCAAAACUCACAUCCGCUCAAAAAGUUCCAUCCUACUUAAAGGGAUUAAUGGGAAACAUCAACGCGUUAAAAUGGAUAUGGCAAAAAUU